AUGACCCCUGUACAUUUUACCUUUUCAACUACUUUUACUCUUGGAUUAAUAGGCCUAGCAUUACACCGCACCCAUCUAUUAUCCGCUUUAUUAUGUCUAGAAGGCAUAAUAUUAUCCCUAUAUGUGGCCCUUUCAUUAUGAACCCUUCAAUUAGACUCUAUUAAUUUCUCCCCUUCUCCUAUGCUCCUACUAGCUUUCUCAGCAUGUGAAGCAAGUGCAGGUUUAGCACUCUUAGUCGCCACUUCCCGCACCCAUGGAACAGACCAAAUAAAAGCCCUAAAUAUCCUCCAAUGUUAA